AUGUCUGCUGCCAAGUUUGAGUGGCACCCCGCGAAGCUCCUCGAAGAUCACGACGGUCUCCAGGAUUUUGCCCUGCUGGUCCUCAACCAGCCGCUGAAGACUGGAACCAUUCUGCGCAGACUCUGGAGGAACUCGUCGCUUAGAGUCGCUGCCGACGGCGGGGCCAACCGGCUCCAUCAGCUUUCCUCCUUUAAAGGGAAAUUUUCAAAUCUACAAGCCAUCAUUGGGGAUCUCGACUCUCUAUCUGCCUCGGUGAGGGACUUUUAUUCCUCACAACCGAUCCCUGCGCAGGUCAUCCAUGACACCGACCAGGAGUCGUCUGAUUUUGGAAAGGCCAUCAGUUGGAUUCGGAAGACUCAGCCGAGUGCCAUUGACAUUGUCGCGCUUGGCGGUAUUGGCGGCCGCGUUGAUCAAGGUGUCAGCCAGCUUCACCAUCUCUACCUGUAUCAGACAGACCCCGCGUAUGCCAGCGGCCGGAUAUAUCUCCUGUCUGGGUCAAGUUUGACAUUUUUACUGAAAUCCGGGACACACAAGAUUCAUGUCAAGGAGGAUGGUGAGGAUGAGUUGUUUGGGAAACAUGUGGGGAUUAUUCCAAUGCAGGAGCCAAGCCGGAUCACCACCAAGGGAUUGGAGUGGGACGUAACUGACUGGGAGUCGAAAAUAGGAGGAAAACUCAGCACCAGCAAUCAUGUACUGCCUGACACGAAGUGUGUCGAGGUUCAUACCACGAAAGAUGUGCUCUUCACCAUUGCACUGCGACCGGUGGAUGGAGAAGAGGAAAUGUAA